AUGGCUGGCUUCAUGUUCAACAGCGUGGGCUCGUCUCACCAUACGGAAGUACCUAUUGUCCGAGAAACCGAAUCCUCGCCCGUACUGCGUCAAUCCGACGUACUUGCGCAUAAUGGUCUGUUUUCUUUGGACAGGAUAUGUGUCCUGCCGUGCCUCGCUCAGUACACCAAGGAUCGGCGUGUAAGGCAGCGCGAGGCUAUCCUUGAGGCCGACAAGAAGCUCUCUUAG